AUGCAAAGAAGCAAAAACAAGAAGCAUAGAGAGAAGCUCCAAAUCAAAUGCUCCAAGGCCUUCUGCGCCACUUGCAGGCUAAGCCUCUCUUCUUCUUCUUCUUCGUCUUCUUCCAAAGAAGAUAUUGAAGCUCAGACGGUUUCAAGCAUAGCGCACGCGAUGGUGCAAGUGAGGCUUGACCAGAUGAUCAGAGAGCGGAGGAGAAGGGUGGGGAGAGAUGAGCGGGAGAGGAAGCUCGUGGUGAUGGUGGCGAUGGAGAAGUCGUCGUACGAUAUAAGGGAGGAUUUUAGAGAGUCCAUGGAGCAGAUGAUUGUGGCGAACUGCAUUCGAGAAACGAAGGAUCUGCGUAGGCUGUUGAACUACUAUGUGUCCAUGAAUGAUGAGGAGAUUAGAGGGACUAUACUUGAGGUAUUUCAUGAUGUUUGUACUGAUUUGUUUGUACAUUUUUAA